AAAGAGAAAAUGGAGCAGGUAAAUUCAAAGGGAGACCUUUUAUGCGCGUUUUGUGGGUGGAAACUGGGGAAGGGAAAAGCAAAAUGGAGAUCGUACUAGUUAGUAAUUACUGGGAAUUUUCUGACUCAGGGAAGGCACGGCGCUCUCAAAACGCAUUUAAGCUUACGCGUUUAUUACAGGAGAAUUCCAAUAAAAGCCCUUACGCCUUUUGUGUGAAGAGGGAAAAGAGAGAGCAUGGUAGGAGGGUAGACUGGGUAGUACGCCAGUACUAGUUAGAACUAUGUGUGAUUCCAAACGAGCCCAUGUUUGUGGUCGAUUUAAGGGACUAAAAGUCAUAGAAGAAAUGUUCAGCUUUUUGCAGAACAGAAAGUUACCGAGCAUCAUUGGAGCGAUCAGAGAUAGAUCUGUGCUCUGUUUCGUUUUUGACCCUAAACGAGCAAGAAAGAUAAAAAAUUCAGAGCGUUGACAUGCUGUAGACUCUUCUAGUCGUUGGAUCAACGGCCUUUUUCGAUGGCAAAGGUUAGAUUUCUAGCCGUCGGCUAUUUGUUCCCCUUUUUCAUCUCAAUUUAUUUUUUCUUGAAUCAUCUAUAAAUAUAAGGUUUUGCAAUUAUAUUUUCCAGAUUUCUGGGUGCAAAUGACCACAGACUUUUGGGUUUGAAAGCCCCAGAUUCUCGUUCCAGAGAAAUUUUUAUUUCACAUCUUUUUGUUUGUAUAUGAGAUUUUGGAAUGCUUUGUUUGGAACUGUUUGAAGAGGAAAUUAAUUUUAGGAUGAAAUUUGAGAUAGCUUUUUUGGCAUUUAGACCUGAUUAAGGAUUUCUGGUUUUAGUUUCUUGCAGUUCGAAUUUCUCCCUCCAUGGAAACGGAGAGCUUCCUCCUCCCACCACCCAUGAGAUUCUGAUGCUUCCAACAGUUAGUGUCGAUGCCUUUUAAUUUUUUUUCUUUACCCCUUGUUUGGAUUGAGGAAGUUAAAGGGGAAAGAGAGGAGAGUGAGGGAGAGAGAGCAAAUUUUUUGUGUUUGGAUAAAUCAUUUUAAUGGGAGAGAGGGAGAUAGAGGGAGAGGGAGCCCCCUCUUUCAUUCUAAUAUGGAAGGAUUGAAAAGGAGUACAUUAUUUAAUUUAUUUUUGUUUUUUUUUUAAAAUAAAUAUAUAUAAGUAUUUUAUUUUAUUUUAAUUAUUUAUUUAAUUAAUAAAAUUUAAAAAUUUUUAUUUUUUUUUAUUUUAUUUUUUAUUAAAUUAUUUAAUUAAAUAAAAAUAUUAUCCUUUC